AUGCCUCCUCAAAAACGAGCCCGUGCGCCGGCUGGCCGCUCGCGCGAAGACACCGUCGUCAAGCUCCUUGGGGCGCACGACGCGGCGCUUGAGAAGGUGCGGGCGGCCCUUACGAUCUUCCUCUUCGUCCCGAAGAUCAUACACGAGUGCGUCGAGCAACCGGCCAAGGAGUGGAAGGAGAAGGGCAAGCAGGGCGAAGCUCACCCUGACGGUUGCAGCUGUACCACUGCCAGGCCUAAGGCGCUCCUCACGGCGCUGAAUGCUAUGCAAGGUGCGUCGCCGCUGCUCACUGCUACGGAUGAGGCAAAGAAGACCUUCACAUCUUUGGUUGACGUCAUCAACCGGAAGCGCGCGGAGCUCAUCGUGGCUGACAUCACGUUGAAGGUGGCGGGGUCCCGCACCCCGGAGCAGUCACCUUAUGAGAUGACAUUGAUUGCUUCUGCCGAAGGGAAUGCUCUACGUAGUGCGUUGUUUGCAGUGAGCCAACCGGGAGCUGUACCGGUGAACACUCGUGAAAUGACCGAGAAAGUCUGGGAAGUUCGGUCGUACCGGCCAGUGCGCAAGGGAAGCUCUGAUGAAGGAGCUCACAGCCUCUUCCUGAGGAGACAAGUCACGGGCUGGGCGCACAGAGCGCGGUUGAACUGCGACUUGCGCAAGAUCGCCGUCAACCUGGUGCCUUUCCCGCGCUUGCACUUCUUCAUGACGGGCUUCGCGCCGCUGACCUCCCGCGGGUCGCAGCAGUACCGAGCCCUGACCGUGCCCGAACUGACCCAGCAAAUGUUCGAUGCCAAGAACAUGAUGUGCGCUGCGGACCCGCGGCACGGCCGGUACCUCACCGCGGCAGCCCUCUUCCGUGGCCGCAUGUCCACGAAGGAGGUGGAUGAGCAAAUGCUCAAUGUUCAGAACAAGAACUCUUCCUACUUCGUGGAGUGGAUCCCCAACAACAUCAAGGCGUCCGUGUGCGAUAUCCCUCCGAAAGGUCUGAAGAUGGCAGUCGCCUUUGCGGGAAACUCGACCGCCAUCCAGGAGAUGUUCAAGAGGGUGGCCGAGUACUUCACGGCCAUGUUCCGACGCAAGGCCUUCUUGCACUGGUACACUGGUGAAGGCUCGCUCGAACAAGGGAACGUGAAGGUCAAGCUUGCCUUCUAUCAGAUGCUUGACAGCUUGCUUGUGAUGAUGAUACUAAGUCAUGCGAGCGGAAGCAAGAAAAAAACUGGUAUGGAUGAGAUGGAGUUCACGGAGGCGGAGUCCAACAUGAACGACCUGGUGUCGGAGUAUCAGCAGUACCAGGACGCCACCGCCGAGGAGGAAGGUGAGUUUGACGAGGAGGAGGGCGAGUACGAUGGAUAG